CAGCAAAAUAGAUAAACGUUAUUUGAAUUUGUAAACUGCUGAAUAUAAAUAAAAUGUAACAAUUUCCUAUUUAAUGUUGAUAUCUUUGACUAAGCCUCAUGAAAAGAAAGUUACGGAAAAUUCACUAAGUUCUAAAGCUAAUGUUGGCUAAGCUAAUCACAACAAUUACAUGAAGAUAUCACUAUGAACAUACACAAUAGUCAUGUUAUAAACGAUCCUUUAGCUGUUAUUUAUAACGAAGGGCAUUGGCGAGUGAGUAAAGUGUCUCCUUUAUUUAAUAUACAAUCCAAUGCAAUUAAAUUCAAGCAAUAUGCAUCUAAGAUUCGUCAAGGUAUUACUGCGAUCCCAGCCAAGCCUGGUAUAAAAUUUUCUGUACAUAUAGAGGGACAGCCAUACUUGAAAUACAAUGAAGAUGAUCCAGAGGCUAUUAUAAUUACUGUGUCAUCUCAAGAAAAUAAUAAAUCAAAGUUGGUAUAUACAUGUAUUCUUCUCUCUUGGGGUGUUACUGUUAAAGUGCCUGAGAGUAUUCAUCUACCAUUCAUGCUGGAGCAUGGUGAGAAAAGGAUAGGAGCAUCAGUGAAGACAACAUUACAGAAUUUAUUUGACUGCACAAUUAAGCAGUUUUAUUUUUCACAGCAUCAACUCAUACAUUUGGGUUUUAGAUUUGUCGAAAAUGAUACAUCUCGUAGCACUGAUCCAUUCACAUUAUGCUUUACAGUAUUAACAGAUCACAAAAAUAAGCUGAGCUUAUCAUUUGAAGUUGGAGAUGUGAAUAUGAUUUGGCACAGAGCGAAGGGUGAUUCUCCAGCAUCAUCAAAAACAGAUAAAUUGGCGUACCAGAUAUUGCAGAAUCAGAUAUUCUUCUCAAUGCAGUUAGAUGUGACGCCACUAGAUUUAUGUGAAAUAAAUCUUCCAAAAGCUGAAGUGAAGUCAGAUGGUAUUGUCAAAAUGAAAACUCCGGAACUUGUGAAUUGUGUAUUCACAGCACUGAAUGAAAUAGUCAGUUCACAGACUGUUAUAAAUAAUGCAGUUGAAUAAUGUAUAUAUUCAACACUAUAAAAAUGUCGUAAAUCGUGAAUAACAAGUAAGAAAACUCAAAAGUUUUAUUGAUUAUUUAUAAAACAGAUUGGUUAUGAUUAGUUGAGUGAAUUUUGUUAUUAUAUGUAAGGCAAUUUUUCUGUUACUGGAAACAGCAAAACUAAUGCGAUGGUAGGGAAAAUGAUGCAUUACCUAAUGUAAAUAUCUUUAUACUUAAAUUAACAGUGGUAGAGCCCGCUUUAACAUCAUCACCUAGUGUAAUACCAUGACCACACAGAAAACAGACGAAGUGGGUGCAAUCCUGUGUUUUGUUUGAUGAGUGUGGUGCCGAAGGCCAAAUUUUAGUCCCUUUCCCUUCCCACCAUUUUAUUAUAUGGAAGGGAUAAGU